CUAAAUCCCAGCCGUAGAAUUCAAUUAUCCUCGCUUCUUCUCCAAGCCAUCAUCUGGGUCUAUUGUACAUAUAUAUUUCCUCGAUCAUCCUCACUCCAUUAAAGCUUUCACGAGAAGUCGCCACUUCUUCUCACGGAAACGCCCCUUUUCUCUCACUAUAAAUAGCCGAACCCGAAAAUCUUCAUCCUCACUUUGGGGGCAAUGGCGGAGACACAGCAGAAGAAGAAGGUUGAUAUGGUGAAGCUACGGCGGCAAUGGUGCAUUGCGUUAUGUAUCUGCUUGUUACAGUUUAAUUCAGUUUGUGUAGCAAUUCUCGACCCGGUUGAUUUCUUGGCUCUGCAAUCCAUUCGGAAAGGCUUGGAAGACUUGCCGGGAUCAAAUUACUUCUCUUCCUGGGAUUUCACCUCCGACCCCUGUAAUUUCGCCGGAGUUUACUGCGAUUCUGAUAAAGUCAUAUCUCUCAACCUCGGCGACCCGAGAGCCGAGGCUCCGGGUCUGACGGGUCGGAUCGACCCGGCUAUAGGAAAACUCUCCGCCUUGGCGGAGCUCUCCAUUGUCCCGGGUCGAAUCUUCGGUGCCCUCCCCCAGUCCAUUUCCAACUUAAAGUCCCUCCGCUUCCUCGCCGUCAGCCGCAACUUCAUCUCCGGCCAGAUUCCGGCUACCCUCUCCCAGCUUCACAGCCUCCGCACUCUCGACCUGAGCUACAACAUCUUCACCGGGCCAAUCCCCGCCGCCAUCGGGACCCUACCGGAGCUCACCAACGUCAUUCUCGGCCACAACCGCCUCUCCGGUUCAGUCCCGGCGUUCACCUCCCAAACCCUAACCCGCCUCGACCUGAAGCACAACGACUUCUCCGGUACGAUCGCUCCGAACUCACUCCCUUCUUCACUCCAGUACCUCUCUCUUUCUUGGAACCGCCUCUCCGGCCCGGUCUACGGCCUCCUGAGCCGGCUCGACCAGCUCAACUACCUCGAUCUCAGCAUGAACCAGUUCACGGGUCUAAUCCCGGGUCGGGUCUUCACUUUCCCGAUCACCAACCUCCAGCUACAAAGAAACCUCUUCUUCGGCCCGGUCCGGCCGGCCGAUCAAGUCUCCAUCCCGACCAUUGAUCUCAGCUACAACCGAUUCUCCGGCGAAAUCUCGCCGUUAUUCUCCACCGUCCAGAAUCUCUACCUGAACAACAACCGGUUCACGGGUCAGGUGCCGGGUCCGUUCGUGGACAGGUUGCUGGCGGCCAAUAUUCAGGUAUUGUAUUUACAGCACAACUUUCUGACGGGUAUUCAGAUCAAUCCGACGGCGGAGAUUCCUCUGAGCAGCUCGCUGUGUCUUCAGUAUAAUUGCAUGGUGCUGCCGGUGCAGACGCCGUGUCCGUUGAAGUCGGGGAAGGAGAAGACGAGACCUACUGCGCAGUGUAACGAGUGGAGAGGGUAGUGGUGGGAAAUAUGAAUUAUAGUGUUGGAUAUUAUGGGAAGUUCAGAUGGUGUUUUCUGAAACUAGUCGUGUUUAUUUUCUAGGGGUGCUUUGAGAAUUCAUUUAUUUAUUUUGUCGAAAAAAAAUAGGGGGGUAAAAUAAGAAGAUUUGUGGAUAUC